AUGCGUACGAUCGAUAUCGUAUUUAUUUGUCUGUUGUGCACAACCUGGUCAAAUUGGGUAUCGGCCAGUGAGGACGAAUACCGGCUGAUUCAAGAUCUCCGGACCAAUUAUGAUCCCAUUGAAAGGCCUGUUCGAAAUCAUUCCGAACCGAUUCAUGUAAACCUUCGGAUCCUCCUCCAACAACUCGUCGACGUGAAGAACCAAGUGCUGACGUUGGUUUUAUGGACUCAGUACACAUGGAACGAUUAUAAAAUGCAUUGGGAUCCAAACGAAUACGGUAAUAUCACCAAUAUACAACUGCCCCACGAUUUCCUUUGGAAACCUGAUAUACUACUCUUCAACAGUGCCGACGAACAUUUCGAUGCAUCGUUCCCAGUAAACUUCGUCGUCUCCUCAAAUGGUGAUGUCCUUUUGGCCCCACCUGGUAUAGUCAAAGUCUCCUGCGAGUUGUCAAUGACGUGGUUCCCUUUCGACGAGCAAGUCUGCUUUAUCAAGUACGGUUCAUGGACCUAUACGGGGUCGAAACUCGAUCUUCACAUUGACGACACCGGUCUGAGCGAACGUCACAAGAUGGACCUUAUGUAUUAUGUUCCGAAUGGAGAAUUUGAACUACUCGGUUAG